AUGGCCGGGGCCGCGUGUGAGGGCAAUGGCAUGUCAGAUGAGCGGAUCGGCGAGGCUGUGAUCAAAGAAGUGUUCGAGGAGGAGCUGAAGGACGUGCCCUCGGAGGAUUUCCCGCCCCUCACCCCUCUGACCUCAGAGCUCCAUUCGGCUCAGGAGCAGAAGAUUGUGACGGAACUGGCCAAGAUGAUCCGCAUCGUCGGGGACAGCGUCAGGGACAACCGGCAGCUGGAUGAUGCUAUUGAUGGGAUGAGGCGCACUCCUGGUUCCAAGUGGGACAUGUUCCAGAAGGUGGCAGACAAUGUUUUUCAGGAUGGCAUCACCUGGGAGCGCAUUGCCGUGCUCUUCUACGUGGCGGGACGGCUGGCUGUCAAGCUUGUGGAGGCCCAUCUUCCUCAGAGUGUGCGGGAGAUCCUGCAGUGGACCGUGGACUUCUUCAGGACCAACUUGCUGGGCUGGAUCCGGGAGCACGGAGGAUGGAUCAGCAGCUUCCCGGCGCUGGCGUCCGCCUCCAUGCGCUCCGUGGGCUCCGUGGGCUGGGGUGUCUACGGUGUCCUGAUCUUCAUUGCCGGUCUGGCUCUGGGCAGUCUGUUCACUGCCAGACUGCUGUCCCGGACUUGA